CAGGUGGUUGGGCGCCGGAAUGUAUGGUUAUACGAAAUUAAGAUCGUUGCCUCCCAUUACCCCAUCAUUAUUGGACUUUGGAGAUACUAGGAGACCAAUUCAAGCAGGGGAGGAGGUAUUAUUAGCUGAACACAUCCUCAUCUGGGGUGUCAAAAGUUAUAAACAGAAUUACGUAGAAAUUGUAUCAGCUUGUCGUCAAUCGUCACAUUGGAAUAAUUACCACGAAACAACUAUAAAAAUUCUGUUUGAGGAAAAUAAGAGGAAAAUAAUUAGCAAAUGUACUUGUCCAGCUGGCUUGGGUGAAAAAUGGUUCGAGUUGAUAGAUUGGAGAUGUUGAGCUGUACAGACUUGAAACAGCAAUGGGGCAAGGUGAAAUUAAAUGCUGAUUUAGCCCAGAAUCAGGUAGUGAAUUUGGAGGAAUUUUAUUGCAUGAAGGUGGAGAAAGUAGAAAAGAGAAUGAUCCAAACUCCCAGAUUUUCUUUUUUAAAUACAUUGAUGACCAGGUAGGGAAACUGCAGUUUCACAUGUGAAAGCUCAAAUUUGAUUUAUCUUUAAUUUUACAGUUUGGCAAACAGCGGACUCUUCGAUCAUUUUUUUAUAAACAUCUGUAGUUAUUUUUAUGAG